AUGAACGAUCCCGAGAUAAAAAGCCCCCGCGCCAAAAAAGGACCCCCAAAACCUCCCUUCUGCCUCUCCAUUUUCAACUCCCCGCCAUUCUACCUAACGCUCCUCCUCCUCUCCUUCUACGUCGGCUACUUCACCGCCACCUCCAACUCCUCCUCCUCCGCCACCUCCACCUCCACCAACUUCUCAUCCCAACUACAAACAACAACAACAAACUUCGACAACUUCCGGGUCGCAAACAGCUGCGCCGACCCCUUACCCACGGACCUCAUCCGCGAAACCCUAAUCAACCGCAUCUACCGCGGCGCCUCCCCUUUCGACAACUUCCCGCCGCCCCACGUCGCCAACACGCUCCGGGACCGCAGCCUCAAGGGCUGGGGAUCCAAAUGCGCCGUCUUCCGCCACCUCAUCGAGGAGGUCCGGCCCAAGACCAUCGUCGAGGUCGGGACCUUCCUCGGCGCGUCGGCCGUCCACAUGGCCAACCUGACACGUCAGCUCGGCCUCGACGACGACGCGCUCAUUCUCUGCAUCGAUGACUUCCGCGGGUGGCCAGGGUUCAACGAGCAGUUCCGGUUCAUCAACUACGUCAACGGGGACGUGAUGUUGUUGUACCAGUUCAUGCAGAACGUGGUGUAUAGUAACGUGACCGAUGUGAUUUUGCCGCUCCCGUUCUCGACCGGUUCGACCCUGUCGAAUUUGUGCCAGUGGGGGGUGACCGCGGAUCUGAUCGAGGUCGAUGCGGGUCACGGGUUCAUGUCGGCUUGGUCCGAUAUUAACCGGGCCUUCCCGCUGUUGCGACCGGGUGGGGUUAUGUUCGGGCAUGACUAUUUUCGUAACGCGGAUGGGUUUGGAGUGAGGCGGGCGGUUAACUUGUUUGCCAAGAUUUAUGGGUUUAAGGUUGAAAUUGAUGGCGAACAUUGGGUGAUCCGCACCUCUUGA